CCCACGCCGCUCAAUCAGCAUAACACUGUCUCCGCAAAUCUGCCAUUACAUGGAGAGUUCUUUAGGGUUUGCCUCGUUUUUGCAGCUUUGCAACAUCAACUAACAUUUCAUGGAAUUAGCCUGUCGCCGUUGAAAUUUCUACAUGCCUGAAGUGGUGCAACGUGAAUGCUAUAGUUUUCGUACAGCUAGCUGCCGGUAGUACUGUGAUGACGAGUGAUGAUGUUCAAGUGGGUCCGAGGUUGAGUGUGAUUGAAGAAUCCCGAACCAGCAAGACCUACGCUUUAUCCAUACACUGAUCAAGAUGGGUUCCCCCAAAAAAAUUGUGAUCGGUAUCAGCGUUGUGUCCUAUCUCAUUGCUUUUGGUCACGCUCUUGGAGCAAUGACAAGACGGAGCCGGGGAGAUCUCGUAGUAGUAGAUGAGGAUUCGGGAACCUUGCGGUGCCAGUACACCACAGACAUUUCAACUAGACUCGCUGCUACCGCUUUUUCUUUUCUUGUGCUCGGCCAGACGUUGAUCAUGAUUGACACACGGUGCCUGUGCUGCGGGGGUGGCUACAAGCCUGGUGGCGCCCGCACUGUGGGUAUCAUAGUGCUACUCUUAUCAUGGAUCUGUUUCAUAAUUGCGUCAGCAGCUCUGUUUGUAGGUGCAGGCCAGAACAAGAUCCGAACCAAAGGAUUGCUGUAUCGAAGCGAUAGAAACGUGUCCUGCAAGGAAGUGCGAAGGAGUUUAUUUGCAGCGGCAGCUGCUUUCACUUUCAUCACAAUGUUAAUGACAGAGAUUUACUAUAUCCUCAUCUCAAGAGCUCGAGAGCAAGACGUAGCCUGGCAGUCGUAUGGCCCAUCGGUAGGCAUGUCUGCGUACACAUGAAAUUUUUCUUGUAGAGCUCCACAAUAAUUAGGCCGCGGAUCCUUUAGAAAAUUUAUUAUUUUUCCUCCAUUUCAAUAGCUUCUAGAGAAGCAAGAAUUUGUAGUUGAACUGUGGACAAACGGAAGUACCCUAGCUCGUUUCCAGCGCUGCAGUAAAUGAAAGUGUACCUCAUGCAUUCAUGAAGCAACUGAAUUUCAAUCUAAACACUUUUCUAUUUCAAGGCUA